AUGACCAAUGAUUUCUAUUCAUUUACUGCAAAGGAUGCCCAAUUGAAUGAUGUUUUAAUGUCUGAUUACAAGGGAAAAGUAGUGAUGGUUGUGAAUGUUGCUUCCAAAUGUGGCUUUACCAAACAAGUAAAUGAAUUGCAAGAAAUUUACAACAAGUACAAGGAUCAAGGAUUUGAAAUUUUGGCCUUCCCAUGUAAUCAAUUUGGAUCUCAAGAGCCAGGAACGAAUGAAGAAAUUUGUCAAUUCGCAAGAAGUAAAUUCAAAGUGACCUUUAAAAUUUUCGACAAGAUUAAUGUCAAUGGUGAUCAAACUCAUCCCUUAUAUGCAUGGUUGAAGAAGGAAGGAAGUGGAUUCUUGGUGGAUGCUAUCAAGUGGAAUUUUACUAAAUUCUUAAUUGGAAAGGAUGGCAAGGUUCUCAAGCGCUAUGCACCAACCACAAAUCCAAAGGACAUGACUGACGAUAUUGAAAAGUUAUUGAAAGAAUAA